GUUUAGUUGAGAGUCAUUAGAGUUCAGCAGGAGACGUUUCGGUGCUUUUCUUCUUUAUACACACUUGUUGGAAAUGGGAUUUCUCCUCACCAAAAUGAUGACAGUCUUUGGAAACAGGGAGCACAAAGUCAUUAUUGUCGGUCUGGACAACGCAGGCAAGACAACCAUCCUCUACCAGUUUCUGACAAAGGAAGCGGUCAUCACGACGCCGACGGUAGGCAGCAACGUGGAGCAGAUUACUGUAAGAAAUACACACUUUUUAGUGUGGGACAUCGGCGGCCAGACUAGCCUUCGAAGCACCUGGUACUCCUACUACUCCAACGCUGAGAUUGUCAUCUUGGUGGUGGACAGCACAGACCCGGAGCGACUGACGCUCACCAAAGACGAGCUGCAUCGAAUGCUCGCUCAUGAGGACUUGCAGAGUGCCUCCGUUCUGGUGCUGGCCAACAAACAGGACGUGAAAGGCUCCAUGACUGUGGCUGAGAUCUCGCGGCACCUUACGCUGGACGCCGUCACUUCGCACAGCUGGCAUGUGCAGCCUUGCUGCGGCCUCACCGGCGAAGGCCUCACCGCCGGUCUGGACUGGAUGCAGUCGCAAGUUGUAGCUUCCUGAAGAUCUUUCUUUUCAGAAAUUACAGCAGGAAAACUAGGUCACAGCCUACCUCAGAUGAACCAAAAGCACGUCAAACAAAUGAUUAAUAUACAAAAAGGUGUGUCAUAAUCACAUCAGCACACUUUCUGACUUUGCCAGGCAAUUAUCUGUACGAGUACAACUUGAUGGACUGUUUGUUCUGCUCUACUUAAGACCGAAUGAAUGGAUGUUUUGUUUUAACAGUUAUCAACGUGGGAAAGGAACAGAGUAUUUAUAAGUGUCUUAAUGUGUUUUACACAUGUAGAAUUUUUCUUAAAAUUGUUGGAAUUCGACCUUUUAGCCAGAUUGCCUGAAUCACACCAGCCAAACCAUUGGAACCGCGCUAGCUAGCGCAAUUCCAAUGACCUGGGCCGGCGGAACUCCGACAGCCCGGCCCGCCGGCCCAAAGGCCAAACUCCAUGCGUUUACCUUAGUUUUAAAGUGCAUGUGACACGAAAAAGCAUGUUUAUUUCAUAAUACACGCGGUAUUUUAUGCUCCUGAAUGAUGUGGACCGCAUGGAUGUGUGUGGAAGCGAUCGCUAUAUUUAUAUAGUUUUUUGAAUCCCGCGCCAUGAAAAGGAGUGACUUCCGGCUUCAGUCUUGCAUUGAGGAGGAGGGCGCUGUGACGUGUACGGGUGAAGGUGUCCUCUUCACUAAACAGCCGUACUGUUGUGUAUGAGGACUAGGGAUUCAGCUGAUUUUGCGGAUUCAUACAUUUAUUUUUCGCAUCACGCCAGCCAAACGGCUGCAGAAAAAUCUUGCUUUAUGAGGGAAGCAUGUGCGCCUUUUUGGAGUUUCAAAAGGUUCCAAUUCACCGUGGAUAUUGGUCAAGCCCUACUACUGUGGGACCAUUGGACUUACGAGGAAGUGAGUAAACAUCUUGUUUUGUAUUAUGUCAAAUAUUAAUACAGCGAUUACAAAGUAAACACUACAAACUUUCUUUAAAUAAAGGACUACUUACGUUUGAUUAUUGAUUGGCAUGUAAAAAGCUCUCCUCGUGCACAUUAGCUGCACAACAACUGCAGCCGCCUUCCUCCAGGGAACGAACUGUAAAUUGCUCUCCGCCGGGCGGUUUGCCAAUCCGCAAACACAAUCGACAACCCAGUCGUCAUGUCAAAUAAUCCGGGCUAGUUAUGUGUGAUUUUCCGCUUCGAAGACUUUGAAACAUCACUCGGUUUGGGUUAGCAUGUCGGCUAGCUGUAACGCCUCUUGGUUUGUUUACAUUCUCCGAAGCCGGGGAAGAGAAAUGACAUAUGUCUGAUUUAGGUGUCAUAAAAUAUCGUUCGGGAGGUGCGACAGUAAAGGCGAUGUCGACAGUUUUGACCAUUAUGGAGUAAUUUUGCCAUGUCAUCCUGAAUAAGUGCAUUUUUAUUAUUUAAUAUUCCAUUUAGCACAAGACUGUUAUUUGUCAUGACCAUGCCAUUUAUUUAGCAAUUGGGGGAAAUACUUGGAUUAAAAAAAUAUCCUGUAAAAAUAUUGGAGUAGAGAGACUGAAACAAUGACAUUUUGCGGCUCUCUUCGUCGCGUUUUCCUCGUUCUGCAUAAUUACCCCUCAAUGGGCUGAAUAGUAAAACCGAUGAGCCCAGUAACCCGCUGACGUCAUCCACCUGUUGGGGACGCUAGAGCCCUAUAAUGGUAGGCGUGGCUAACCGGCAGAUUAAAAAACUAAUUUCUCGUCAUCUGCGCUUUGCUAAAUUGUUGUAUAUAGUCGAAUCGUCUCAAAAUAUGACUCAAAUUCACAUAAUAAUGCUAUUUAAGACUUUUUUUCUCCUGUCGUAUGCUCUUUAACCCCCUUGUAUUGACUCCAUUUUAAAAGCACGAAAAAGGCUUCGAAACACAAGUUGACAAUUUAUCCCAAGUCGACAGCAAUCAUACACCAAGUCAAAACAGCAAAUAGACCCAGGCGAGGAGGAAAGAUAGCUCUAGGGUCGACAAGCAACAAGUACACAAAAAUGUUCCUGAGAAAAGACCGCGCUAGCUAAAGAAUUCAGUGUUUUGAAGGCUCUAGUGAGGCGGGCUGUGGUCCGGAAGAAGGCUGUGUUUGGGCGUUGUUGAGGAUUAUUGUCUGUUGUGGAUUGGACAGUAGUAUUCGGGUGGUACUGUUGUCAGGACUACGAGAGUUGAGGUAUUUUUGUGCCAUCCUCAGUGUGACGUGAGUGCUGAGUGUUCAUUUCUCAGUCGCGGGUUCCUCCGUUAUCAGAUGUUCCUUGUGGGAGGAGAGGAUGUCCUUUCAAUGCUCUGGACUGUCCAUUGUUGGUUACCAGAAGAGCUGAUGGUGGGAUUUGGUGGUCCAGACGUGUGGUUGUAAAUGUCUUGGCCAUCACCUACUUGGCUCGAUCCGUCAGCAUCAAUCCCGCUCAGUCAGCUGCAUGACGCACACGUUGGGCUUCUGUAGUCAGCAGGCAUACUGUAACUGUUAUGCCCUUAUCUGCCCGUUGUCUUGGCGCUUGCAAAUUCCAAUCACUCCAAGUCCAACUACUCAUAAUGUCAAAUAUGUUCUACUACUACUUGAUUUAAAUGCUAUAUAUUUUAUAUUGGGUGCGUAUCACACAGAAGUGGGUCGAGUAGCCAAAAUAUUUACUCAAGUAAGAAUAGCGUUACUUCAAAAUAAUGUUACUCAAGUAAAAGUGAAAGUAGUCAUCCAAAAAUGUACUCAAGUACAAGCAAAUAAGUAUUUGCAUAAGCAUUUGUAACAAUGUGAGUAGCUGCUUACGAUGUUUGAUUUUUGAUUUUUUUUUUUUUUUUUUAAAUAAACAACCUUUUUAUCUAUAUAACCAUUAUGUGCGGUGUUUGGGUGAUGAUCUUUCUUAUAAAAGUUGACUGAUACACUUGCGUGCCGAAAUCAGCCGAUAUAUAGCCAAUACAAUAGGAUUACCUUUAUGUUUGCUGUUUGGGUGAUGAUCUUUCUUAUAAAAGUUGACUGAUAUAUUGGCCUGCAGAUAUAUCGGGCUGACAUAUGGGCUUUUUACAAGAUCAGCCGAUAUCAGCCGAUAUAUAGCCAAUGUAUUAGGAUAACUGUUAUGCAGCGGUGGGUAGAGGAGCCAAACAUUUAACUCAAGUAAGGGUAACGUCACUUGAAAAUAUUACUCAAGUAAAAGUAGUCAUCCAAAAAUUGUACUCAAGUACAAGUAAACAAGUAUUUGGUGAAAAGAAUACAGUACUCAGGUAAUGAGUAACAUUGUGAGUAACCGCUUACGUAUGUUUGAUUUUUUUCUAUAACAAUUGUAUUUUUUAUCUAUGUUAUCUAUGAACUGUUAUGAUUAUACUGUACAGUAACCCAUUAGAUAAUGACAUCAAGUCAAAGAAAUACAAAAAAAUUGAACGGAAAAAUUCCAGAAAUUAGGCAUCAUUUAUCCAAAAAGCACGAGUCCCCUCUGGUGGAGAAAAUAGUUCCCAGUUGAAUGGUGAAUACUUGUAGUUCAUUCAUAGUUCAAAUUGUGAAAUUAAAAGGAUCCGGUUUUCCGCGGUCAAUCGGCGACAAAUAAAAGCUGGGAGAGAGGUUAAAAUCUGUGCUUUCCAGUCAUGUUGAAGGCAGUGCUCUAUGUCGAAUACUUUAAAGACGCCACUUGAUAGAACAGGUCAACAUGAUCAUAGAACGGCAAGCUUGAGUCUGAUUGGUAUAAUGGUGUCAUGUGAUCAUUGUUGCAACAUCUCAUUGGUGAAACUGUUAGAGCUACUGUUUGCAUCGCUGGCAAAAAGGUGAAAUCAAAUAUGUUGAAUAAAGAAGAAAAUGCAACGACUAGUGUAUCUCAAAGUAGCGGCGUAAGAGUAGCGUUUCUUCUUUAAAAAUCUAUUCAAGUAAAAGUUGGCAAUGGCUUAGAAAAACUACUCUUUGAAAUACAUUUUUUCUCAAAAGGUUACUCAAGUAAAUGUUACAGAGUAAAUGUAACGCGUUACUUCCCACCUCUGUCCUCAAAAGGGUUGCGGGUAAUGAGUUUUCAGCCAAUGAAAACCCAAAACAGGCUCUAAACGGCAUUUAAACAAAUAAAGCAAUGCCUAGAUAUUGUGAAUUGAGUAGUUUCACUCGUAUCUGAAGUCUGAGCUUACAUGCCAAUGCAAACAAACAGCUCAUAUCUUGAAAAUUUUUAGUCACUCGCACCUCAAGAAACCACUGUGUAUAUAUAUGCAUAUGGCGGAAAACACUCAGGUGACUUGAAGUUCCACUCUGAGACCCCCAAUUUGGCCAAAUUACAAAAUUGUCUGAUAUGCAUGUGUGAUACAUCAUGGAAAACUUAAAAUCUCACUUUUCUGGGGGAAGAAAAAUUUUGGACAGGAGGGAAUUUUAAAAAAAGUUUUUUAAACAGCAAAACCCUAUCUGGAGGUGAGAGCACGCGAGAGCAGAAUUACAGACGCCAUGACUUUAACGAGAUAUUAUCACGUACUUAUCUUGUUUCGAUCCAAAAACUCCAUGUCGCAUGUAUCACUGAGUGUCAAGACACAGCUGUGAAUGGCCAGAUGGAUUUUUUGGGGGAUUUUAUGGGUGAAACAUGGUAAUAUAACAAGGGUUGCGAUGCAGAAAUCGCAGACAUCAAGGAAAGGUCGAGAUUUGCUUUUUCAUAUAUUUACCCUUUUAAACGUUUUUUUUUUCAAAUUUUUCUUCGUUUGGAUCGAUUAUUUAUCAUCUAACAUAUUGAGAAAAAUGCAAC